UCCGGAAUGGGAACCACCUUGGCAAGAGCGAUAUCAAGAACAUCUGCCGCAUCUUCCUGCCAAGAUCCAGGACCACCGCCCGAUGGAGGUCUGCAAGCAUGGGUUCAAUGUGCAUGUGUGCAUCUCACCAUCUUCUCCACCUUUGGCUACAUCACCAGUUUUGGCGUAUUCCAGACGUACUAUCAGAACACUCUCGGUGUAAGCCCAUCCGCCAUAUCCUGGAUUGGAUCCAUCCAGAUUUUCCUUCUCUUCGGAAUUGGCACCUUUACUGGCCGAGCUACUGAUGCUGGACUCUUCAGGCCCGUAUACAUCUCCGGCGCUGUGUUCCAGAUCGUUGGGAUAUUUUGUCAAGCGCAAUGCAAGACGUUUUGGCAACUCUUUCUUGCUCAAGCUUUGUGUAUCGGUAUCGCGAAUGGCCUUCAAUUCUGUCCGGUUAUGUCUUUGAUCACCACAUACUUUGCCAAGAAGCGAGCGCUCGCUGUGGGCAUUACUGCCGUCGGCUCUUGCACGGGAGGAGUCAUCUUUCCUGUCGUUGUUCAGCAGCUGCUUCCAAAGGUCGGUUAUGCUUGGACUAUCAGAGUGAUUGGCUUCAUUAUGGUCGCCAUCAAUAUUAUUACUAUCUCUCUGCUCAAGACACGCUUACCACCGAGAAAGUCCGGGCCUCUGGUUGACUGGGCGUCAUUCAAGGAGACGCCCUUUGUCCUGUAUUGCGUGGCAAUGUUCUUCAAUUUCUGGGGACUGUACUUUGUCUUCUUCUACAUCGGUGCGUAUGGUCGAAACGUUCUCGGCGUAAGCUAUCAGCAGUCCAUCAACCUUCUUCUGACCGUGGUUUCGGUUGGAUUCGUCUUUCGACUUGUGCCUAAUUACUUCGCUGAUAAGAUUGGUUCUCUCAACACCCUCAUACCGUUUGCCUACCUCUGCGGUAUUAUGAUGUUCGGCUGGAUCGGAAUCCAUUCGGAAGCCGGCCUCUUCGUGUUUGCAGCCAUCUACGGAUCUGGGUCUGCCUGCAUACAGGCUCUUUGGCCGGCUGUGAUAGGCAGUCUGAACAAAGUACCGGACCUGAAGAAGGCGGGAGUGAGGAUGGGCAUGGCAUUCACUGUCGUCAGCUUUGCGAGUCUUACAGGACCACCCCUUGCUGGAGCAAUUGUGCAGCAGAUGGGAGGAAACUAUCUAGGAGCACAGCUAUGGGGAGGAAUCAGCUUCUUCACAGGCGCCACUUUACUGGUGGCAACCAGAGUGUCAUUGGUCGGCUGGGAUCCGAAGGGUCGAAUCUAGACUUCAUUCAUGGCUUGUGACCGAUCGAAGCACAUUAUCGAGGAAAAGACUUUUGGCAUGACCACUGUUUCAGCACCGGGUUCCUCUCGGAUGACGUGCCCUUUGUUGCUGCUUUCUCAGGAGGCGGGCGAGCUUGCGAAAGAUGCAGACUUCAUACUUCCCAUGAUAUCCGAGCUUUGCUUUCGAG